GUUUAUUGAUUUUUUUGGUGGGACUUCUAUCUUAUAAAUAAGAGCUGUCUUCGGCCGAAUUUACUAUUUAUUCUCAUUAUCUGUUCGAAUAAGUAGUUGCCAGCUCCACUUAAUAAAAUGUACAAAGCAAUCAUCCCUUUUUCCCUUUGGGUGGUAUUUUUGACACCACAUGCUUGCCAAGAAUCACCUAUAACUUGUUUUGGAUUCCCAGAUGGGAAAACAUAUGCCAAGCCGGGUACUGACAAUGAGUUCUACAUUUGUGCUGCAGGAAUACCAGUGAGUCAAAAAUGUAAGGAUGGCCUUAUAUUUUACCCCUCCGAGGGAUACUGCGCUAAGGAACAAGGUAGCGUUGUAACACCUCCGCCAGUGGGUCCUAAUGUUUGUGAAAAUCAAGUGGAUGGCACGUUGUACCCAUCACCUUCAGGUGGUUCAGAUUAUAUAAUGUGCAAAAACAAUCAAAUGGUCGUCCAGAAGUGCCAAAAUAACUAUGUGUUCGAUGAAGCCUAUGGCGGGUGUGUUGAAAACAAAUGUUCCAAAUAAAAUGAUAUGUUGAAAAUGGUUCAGAGCAAUAUAGUAGAUAUAGUAUGUG